GGAGAACGUCACUUCCGGUUAUACGCAGUGUCUUCGUAGGAGAGGAGAAAGGACGCAACGCAAUCGCCAAUUUUCGCCAGAUUUCAAGUGUACAUGGGCGAUUCAAACCGAUAUUAGUUUUUUUUUUAAAUAUAUCUUAAAGAGUGGUCUUUUUGGCGUACGCGGAGAGAUGUCGGAUGAGUUGGUGAAGCAACUGAGCAGCUACAGAGCUCAGCUCCAGCAGGUGGAAGCAGCGCUCUCUACAGACCCAGAAAAUGAAGAUCUGCUGAAGUUACAGAAAGACCUGCAGGAGGUGAUAGAGUUGACAAAAGAUUUGUUGACGUCUCAGCCAGCAGAGGGUGCAGCUAAUACCAAUAGUUCAGAUGCUGUGCCACCAAAACACAGCUGGAAAGUAGGAGAUCGUUGCAUGGCUGUGUGGAGCCAGGAUGGACAGCAGUAUGAGGCAGAGAUAGAGGAGAUUGAUGGUGAGAAUGGCACAGCUGCUAUCACCUUCACUGGCUAUGGCAAUGCUGAGGUAGUGCCUCUGCACGCACUCAAAGCAGCUGAGCAGGCCAAGAGCAGCAAGGAGGAAGGAAGCAAGCCCAAGUCCAAGAAGGAGCUGCAAGCAGAGCAACGGGAAUACAAGAAGAAAAAGGCACAAAAGAAAGUGCAGAGGAUGAAGGAGCUAGAACAAGAGAGAGAGGACCAGAAAUCCAAAUGGCAGCAGUUCAACAAUAAAGCUUAUUCAAAGAACAAGAAGGGGCAAGUAAAGCGCAGUAUAUUCGCUUCUCCGGAGAGCGUGAAUGGAAAAGUUGGCGUGGGUACAUGUGGGAUUGCAGACAAACCUAUGACUCAAUAUAAUGACACAUCCAAAUACAAUGUGAGGCAUCUGAUGCCACAGUGAGGUCUGUGUGCUCACCCCUACCCCAGAAGAACAGCUGAUGGAGCAUCCAACUUUGGUCUGGACACUGAACCAGCUAUACAAUUCCACCAUAUUUUUAUUUUGGGACAUGGAAAAUGUUAUUUUGAGAUGAAAGAAAAAGUAGCCUUGCUGUUGAUUAGGAUUCAUAAGUUAUGAGAUUGCAGCUCCAGUGCUUUACAAUUCAAACCUAAACUAUAACGUCAUAUCAACAUGACCUCCACUGGAAGAUAACCUGAAACUAUUGAUCCAGCAGCUUAUUUAUCAAGAGUAAGCUUGAGCCAUGGAUGGAUGGGUGGAUAUCAAUAAAUUGGCAUAUUAUUACCUGAUGUUUUUCUUCAACUUGUCUGGAAGAUUAUAUCAGAUUUGGCAUUUGUUUCUGAAGACUGGUUAUCAGUAUGUCUAAUGCCCUUGAUAUACACUUAGUACACAAUAAUAUUUACUUUAGACAAAAAUUGCAGCCAUACAACUGUUCCAGUGGAGAUGGGAAUGCUCACUUUUUAGUAAAUAUAAUGUUUUGAUAUGUAAUAAAUGUGUUACGAUGA